ACUUAGCUCAAUACAACAACUCUCUCUCUAUUUCUCUCUCUAAGAAGAAGAAUGGCGGUGAAGCAGAAUUCGAAUCCAACGGUGGCGAUCAACAACCUCAGGUUCACCUACCCUGGAAUCGACGGCCACCCUCCGCCUGGCUCCACACCUCUGAUCGAUCAUUUUACUCUCACUCUCAAUUCCGGCGAUCGCUGCCUUCUCGUCGGAUCUAACGGCGCUGGGAAAACCACAAUUCUGAAGAUAUUGGGAGGGAAGCACAUGGUGGAGCCAGAUAUGGUUCGUGUGCUCGGAAGAUCGGCGUUCCAUGACACCAAUCUCACGUCCUCCGGUGAUCUCUCUUAUCUUGGUGGCGAGUGGAGGAGAGAAGUGGCUUUUGCUGGUUUUGAGGUUCCAAUACAGAUGGAUGUUUCUGCUGAGAAAAUGAUAUUUGGGGUAGCAGGAAGUAAUCCUCAAAGAAGAGCUGAACUUAUCAAGGUGCUAGACAUUGAUCUAUCUUGGAGAAUGCACAAGGCAUCUGAUGGUCAGAGAAGGCGAGUGCAGAUCUGUAUGGGUCUGCUAAAGCCAUUCAAGGUUCUUCUUCUUGAUGAGAUUACGGUUGACCUCGAUGUGCUUGCAAGGGCUGACCUUCUGAAGUUUCUCAAAAAGGAAUGUGAAGAGCGAGGUGCUACAAUUAUCUAUGCUACACAUAUCUUUGAUGGUCUUGAGGAUUGGCCAUCACAUAUUGUUUAUGUGGCUUACGGGAAGUUGCAAUUAGCAAUGCCAAUGGACAAAAUUAAGGAGACUAGCAAUUUGUCACUAAUGAGAACAGUUGAGAGUUGGCUGAGGAAAGAAAGAGAUGAGGAGAGGAAAAGAAGGACAGAGAGGAAGGCAAACGGUCUUUUAGAUUUUGAAAAACAAGUUGAGGGCAGUCGUGUGACUGGGGAUCCAGCCCAAGCUGCCAUCCGUGCAUUGAACAAUGGUUGGGCUGCAGGAAGGCUGCAUUCCACCAUUGCUGGUGAAGAAAAUUUUGUCCUGAGCUCAAACAGAGUUCUGAGGCAGUAGUUAUAUUUUUACUAAUAACAAAAACCUCCAAAAGUUGAGGUGCCGAAGUGGAACAAGGUUCAUAUUUCCUCCUAUUGCUCCUUCAUUUUUAUUUAGUAGUCUCUACUUUCACACACGCGCGCACACAUACAUAAAAAGUAAAAGGAGUCUCAUAGAUUGGUUCAUGAUUAGUAUUGUGCUUCCUUCUGUAUCAAUUUGUAAUUCAUAUAUAUCUUCUCCCUAAUGUUAAGUUGUUAUUUUGCAUUUAAAAUAACAGAUAAAAUUCAUUAUUUUUUUCCCACAUAUUUUGCGUAAUACUUGUAUGAGAAACUAAGACGCUGUUUAGGCUCUUAUGAAUUGGAAUGAGAAUAAAAUUCCUAAUGUAA